AGCCCUGCUACAAGCCAAAGCCUUAGGGAAACGCGAGCACGACCGCCUUCCUCGUGGGCACCUCCCCCUUAGCUGCCCGAAACUCGCCUGCGCCCGCUUUUGCCCGCCUCCCCAAGCCGCGAGCGACGCGGGUUGUCAUCUGCAGCGGCCGAGGUGCGUCGGCUGCUCACCCAGGCUGAAAGCCUGACAUGCUAGCGAGAAGAAACCCUGCUACGUGUUAUUUCGUUCGUGGUUUUGCAUAGGCUGAAACUUUGUGGUUGGGUUAAACGCUGGACCUCCGCGAAGAGGACCCAAUUAUUUUUUUUUCCCUUUCCAAAAUGGCAGCCUCCAGCCGCGCGCAAGUGUUAGAUCUGUACCGGGCGAUGCUGAGAGAGAGCAAGCAUUUCAGCGCCUACAAUUACAGAACUUAUGCUAUCAGGAGAAUAAGAGAUGCCUUCAGAGAAAAUAAGAAUGUAAAAGAUCCUGUAGAAAUUCAGACUUUAGUGAAUAAAGCCAAAAGAGACCUGGAAAUGAUUCGUCGACAGGUCCACAUUGGCCAGAUGUAUGCAACUGACAAGCUUAUCAUUGAGAAUCAAGAGAAGCCCAAGACCUAAAGACCACCAUCACCAGCAGCCACCAUCAGCAACCGUGGACCACCUUCCACAUCCAUUCUGUGCUUGGGGUGGGGGCCCCCAACAGACCACGAGUGGCCUCUUGCAUCAACUUAAAACAAUAACCCCUUGCUCAGCCUGCCCUGUAGAAACUGAUAAAUUGAGUGAGGUUCCCAUUCUUCUGCAGCCUUAGUGGAAAAAGGUGGCUGUCUCCCCUUGGUUCAAGGGUUAGAAUGAAGAGCUGGUGCUCACUCAAAUUAAUGCUGUGUAUUAUUGUGUCUCCUCUCCACUGCACCCCUCUUUAGUAGCUCAUCAUCACUUGUACAGAGUAUCUCCAGACUUUCUUAGUCCUUAACAAUAAACAGAAUUGUCUCCCUAAGCCUGCUACACCAAAUAAUGCACUUUCCUUUCCUGCUGCUGCAGGUCCUAUGGAAGGCGUUGCAGAGACCAGAAGGGGAGGCUCCAACACUGAGCUGAGUCCUCCCUUUAAAAGCAAGUCUAGAACAGAAGAGAUUUGGGGGAUGGCAGGAAAGAGGGCAGGGCUGAUGGGGCAGAGGGUGCACCCUGCAAUUGACACCUAGGCACAAUGCAACCACAAGGAUGGUAAAUAGGUGGAUACACACCCAUAGAAAGGGAACUCCACACCCUGGCUGCUCAGAGAGCUCUGAGGAUCAGCACUGCCUGGGAGCAGAAUCUCAAGCCCCACCCCAACCUUCUGUAUCAGACCAAUCCCACUACAGGGGAGGUGACUCGGAUGUACCUGAAGUUCAAGAAGAGCUGUUAUCAGCACUGCUUCCCAAAGCAGGCUGCCAAAGUUCACCUACUGAGUCAGAAUCUCCUGGAGA